UCUACUUUUUCUCCUUGCUUUCUAGAUAUUUUUUUUUCAACUUUGGAAAGAAAAAAGCUUUUGAGCUGGAAUCCCUCAAAUAACCUCAAAGAUGAAGGCAGCAGAUGAGCCUGCCUACCUGACAGUGGGGACUGACGUCAGUGCCAAGUACCGGGGUGCCUUCUGCGAGGCAAAAAUUAAGACGGUAAAAAGAUUGGUGAAAGUUAAGGUGAUCUUAAAGCAAGAUAAUUCAACACAGUUAGUGCAAGAUGACCAAGUGAAAGGACCUUUAAGGGCCGGUGCAAUUGUUGAAACCAAGAUGCCUGAUGGAUCCUUUCAAGAAGCCACCAUCAGUAAACUGACAGAUGCCAGCUGGUAUACUGUAGUUUUUGAUGAUGGUGAUGAGAGGACAUUGAGAAGGACGUCGUUGUGUUUGAAGGGAGAGCGGCACUUUGCCGAAAGUGAGACACUUGACCAACUGCCACUCACAAACCCAGAGCACUUUGGAACGCCAGUGAUUGGGAAGAAAUCUAACCGAGGAAGGAGAUCUUCUCUUCCUGUCAAUGAAGAUGAAAAAGAGGAAGAAAGUAGUGAGGAGGAGGAGGAUGACAAGAGACGGCUUAAUGAUGAAUUGCUUGGUAAAGUUGUCAGUGUGACCUCCAGUUCCGGAGAGGCAGAGUGGUAUCCAGCUUUGGUCUUAUCUCCCAGCUGCAGUGAUGAUGUUUCAGUGAAAAAGGACCAGUGUUUAGUUCGAUCUUUUGCAGAUUCCAAAUUUUGUUCAGUAGCAAGAAAGGAUAUUGAAGAAUUAGACAUCCUAAACAUUACAAAAUCUGAGUUGUCUACUAGAAAAGGGUUACAAGAGGCGAGCUCCUUCUUCAGUCUGAGAGUUAUACCUGCUAACUGGAAGAUGGAUAUGCGUGAAAUCUUGGAAUCCUCCAGCAGUGAUGAAGAAGAUGGAGCAGAGGCUGGAAGUGAUGAUGAAGAGGAAGAAAAAGGAGAACAUAAGGAGGAGGAAGUAGUGCCUGAGGAAGAGCUUGAUCCUGAAGAGAGGGACAAUUUCCUCCAACAGCUUUACAAGUUUAUGGAAGACAGAGGAACUCCUAUCAAUAAACCUCCUGUUCUGGGCUAUAAGGAUCUUAACCUCUUCAAACUUUUCAGACUGGUAUAUCAGCAGGGCGGGUGUGACAAUAUUGACAGUGGAGCUGUAUGGAAGCAAAUUUAUAUGGACCUUGGCAUUCCUAUUUUGAACUCGGCUGCUUCCUACAAUGUAAAAACCGCUUAUAGAAAGUAUCUUUAUGGUUUUGAAGAAUACUGCCGUUCUGCGAACAUUCAGUUUAGAACCAUCCACCACAAUGAACCAAAAAUAAUAGAAGUGCUCCAGAAACAGGAAGAGCCAAUGGAGGAAAGUGUAAAAGAAGAGCCAGAGAUGUCCCCCAUAGAGGUUCAGAAUGAGGUGGAAGAAAAUGACUGUAGCAGUGAGAGCGAAAAGGAAGAAAUUGAACAGAUGUCUCCAAGGGGACGAAGGAGACUUGUCCGAGAUGUCGCUGCGGCUAAAAAAGAAGGCGAAGAUGAUAAAAUGCAGGACAAACUAAAAGACAGCAACAAGGAGAACAAAGACAUAGAAGAAACGCCCAAUAAUGCGGAAAAGGGGGAAAAUGAAACGGCACUUGGAAGCAGAAAGACCACACCAAAGCAAAAGGAAAAGAAAGCAAAACAGGAAGAAGAAUCGGACAGGGAGUCAGAUGAAGAAGAGGAGAGGAGGGAAGAGCUUGAAAACCAGGGAGACUCGGAAGGAGAAGAAGGCGAGGAAGACGCAGAGCCUUGUCUAACAGGAACCAAAGUGAAAGUAAAAUACGGCCGUGGGAAAACGCAGAAAAUUUACGAAGCCAGUAUUAAAAGUACAGAAAAUGAUGAUGGGGAGCUUUUAUAUUUGGUGCAUUACUAUGGCUGGAAUGUCAGAUAUGAUGAAUGGGUGAAAGCGGAUAGGAUUAUUUGGCCAGCAGAGAAAGGAGGGCCAAAGAAGAAGCAAAAGAAAAAGGCAAAAAGUAAAGAAGACUGUGAAAAAGAUGAAAAGAGAGAAGAGGAUAAACAAAAGGCCAAACGUGGACGCCCUCCUCUGAAAUCCACUCUCCUAUCAAACCUGUCCUGCAGUCUGUCCAAAUCUCCUAACAGCGAAAGUAAACCCGGAAUCCGAAGUGCACGCAGCUCCCUGCCAGAUUGUUCACCCUUGCCUAAUGGGACGGAAGGGAUGCCUCGCAGGCAAACAAGACGUAGCUCAGGGAUGUUAGAUUCUGACAGAGGGUCAAACGACUCCAUUUCAUCCGACAGUGAUGCAGAUGAAGCUUCUGAAAAGAAUAUGAAUGAAGACUUCUUUCUGGCCAAUUCCGAACUGGAAAAAGAUGAGAAACUAACAGUUGAUAAUCCUGUCGAAGAGAUCCCGAAGAUCUCACAUGUGCUGAAAGAGAACGACAGGAAUCAAGUCCACCCUUUAGAAGUGUUGAAACUAGAAGUUGAGGAGAGUGAACAAGUAGUGCAGAGUUUUGGAAACAAAAGUGACCAGGUAGAAGACAUCAAGAGAGAGAUGGAAAAAUCACCUAAAGGGAAAGGACGAAGGAACAGAACAAGAGACUCUUCCCUAGAGAAUGUAAAGAUAGCACAGUUAAACCAGGAAGAGGCAACAGGUGAACAUCUCACAGACACUGAAAGAAUAGAUACAUCUUCCUUGGACAGUAAAGGGUUGAGCACCGCUUCUGAGAAUGAAACAGAUCUUUGUGCAAAAGAUAAGAAGCUUUUGAAAAGGAAAACAGCGGAACAACCAUCACCUGAUAAACGGAUGCGAUUGGAGAGUGAGAUGGAUGUGCCAAAUAUUAUGACUGAGGGGAGGACAAAUGAAUGUUCUGGGACAGUAGAAUGUAAGAAUUUCAGUGGUGAUGACGCCCUCCGGAAUGAGAACGAGGAAAUGCCAUCUUUAGUGGCAGAAUCAGAUCAACGCCUUCAAGUUCGGGGAGGCGAGCAUUUUGAUUGUUCUUCUGAGGGAAGCCAUAACCCCCCGCUGAAAGACGAAGAUGAUUCCAUGCCUCAGAUUGGGCCUGAAACUCUCCUUUGCCACGAAGUGGACUUGGAUGAUCUUGACGAAAAGGACAAGAGCGAGUCUGAAGACCUGGCAGCAGAAAAACAAGACACCAGUAGUCCCACUUCAAACCCACCUGCCUUACCUCCUGUGGUCCAGCCGAACUUCUCUGUGGCCUCUCCUCUAACCCUCGGCCAGGACGAGUCGCGGAGCAUAAAGAGUGAAAGUGACGCCACCAUCGAAGUGGACAGUGUGGCUGAGGAGUCUCAAGAAGGCCUCUGCGAGAGCGGUUCUCCCAACGGGUUUGAGGCCUGCACCACUUCAAGCAAUUGUAGCACAGCUGUUCCAGAAAGGGAGAUUGGAGAGAAGGGUCAAAAACGGCCGGGGGACAACAAUAGCAGCUCACUGACAAAGAAGCAAAAGCGUACCCCAAAACGAGCAAGCACUGUAGCCAAAAAUGAGAAAAAUGGGACAGGACAAAGCAGCGACAGCGAAGACCUUCCUGCCCUAGACAGCUCAAGCAAAUGUACUCCAGUAAAACACAUCGGCAUGUCAAAGCCACAGAAGCUCACCCGAUCGCCUGCGAGAGUGAUCUCCCCUAAUAUCAAAGAGGGGGAUAAGGACAAGCAGAGGGACAAGAACCAUCAGAACAUUUCUCCAAGAGUAUACAAAUGGAGUGUUCAACUCAAUGAAUUGGACAACAUGAGCAGCACAGAGAGGAUCUCCUUUCUACAAGAAAAACUUCAGGAAAUCAGGAAAUAUUAUAUGUCUCUGAAGUCUGAAGUAGCCACCAUAGACAGGAGAAGAAAAAGAUUGAAAAAGAAAGACCGGGAAGUUUCCCACACAGGCGCUUCCAUGUCCUCUGCCUCUUCAGACACUGGAAUGAGCCCCUCAUCAUCCUCUCCUCCACAGAACGUGCUUGCUGUUGAAUGCAGGUGAUACUGGUCUCCUCUGCCUUGUGCAGCAACGUUGCUGUCAUGGACAGAACUCCUGAAAUACCAUAGAAAGCACUCAACUGGUUUGACAUUGCCAAGUAUAUUCUGUAUACUCUUCCACUGCUGGACCGUGUCUGUCUCUUCUCCUCCUGCGCCCCCUCCUUCCAUUUUGUCAUUGUGGAUUU